UCGAAGCCGAAGUGACAAACGCAUAGGAAGAACAAAUCCACUCCAGAGAUACCUUCUUGAAACGAAAGAUUUUCCUACCUGCUCAUACUUGGUGACUGGAGGAUUACUAAGACUACCUUCUUGCUCAUUUCUGAGUAUUGUCUGAACUAUUCCUGACACUAUGAAUGCUACUUGGAUGCUUCUUAAGUCUGUUCUCUGGGGAGGCGGUAAGGGGCUGUGGAGCUGGCCUCGGCACCGGGAGAGGCUGGACUUCCUGUCUCUCUGUGCUGAAUGGCUGCGAUGGCGCCCGCUCUCACUGACGCAGCAGCUGAAGCACACCAUAUCCGGUUCAAACUGGCUCCCCCAUCCUCCACUUUGUCCCCUGGCAGUGCCGAAAAUAACGGCAACGCCAACAUCCUUAUUGCUGCCAACGGAACCAAAAGAAAAGCCAUUGCUGCAGAGGACCCCAGUCUAGACUUCCGAAAUAAUCCUAACAAGGAAGACUUGGGAAAGCUGCAACCACUGGUGGCAUCUUAUCUUUGCUCAGAUGUAACAUCUGUUCCCUCAAAGGAAUCGUUGAAAUUGCAGGGUGUCUUCAGCAAGCAGACAGUACUUAAAUCUCAUCCGCUCUUAUCUCAGUCCUAUGAACUCCGAGCUGAGCUGUUGGGGAGACAGCCAGUUUUGGAGUUUUCCUUAGAAAAUCUUAGAACCAUGAAUACAAGUGGUCAGACAGCUCUGCCACAAGCACCUGUAAAUGGAUUGGCGAAGAAAUUGACUAAAAGUUCAACACAUUCUGAUCACGACAAUUCCAGUCCCCUUAAUGGGGGAAAACGAGCUCUCACGUCAUCUUCUCUUCAGGGGGGUGAAGUGGUGGCAUCUGAAUCUGGGGACUUGAAAGGGGGUAUGACCAAUUGCACUCUUCCACAUAGAAGCCUUGAUGUAGAACACACAACGAUAUUUAGCAAUAAUAGCACUGCAAACAAAUCUUCUGUAAAUUCCAUGGAACAGCCACCCGCACUUCAAGGAAGCAGUAGGUUAUCACCUGACACAGACUCCAGUUCUAACUUGGGGGGUGUCAAGUUAGAGGGUAAAAAGUCUCCCCUGUCUUCCAUUCUUUUCAGUGCUUUAGAUUCCGACACAAGGAUAACAGCUUUACUACGGCGGCAGGCUGAUAUUGAGAGCCGUGCCCGCAGGUUACAGAAGCGCUUACAGGUUGUGCAAGCCAAGCAGGUGGAGAGGCAUAUACAGCAUCAGCUGGGUGGAUUUUUAGAGAAAACUUUGAGCAAACUGCCAAACUUGGAAUCCUUGAGACCCCGGAGCCAGUUGAUGCUAACUCGAAAGGCUGAAGCUGCAUUGAGAAAAGCUGCCAGUGAGACCGCCACUUCAGAGGGACUUAGCAACUUCCUGAAAAGUGAUUCGAUUUCAGAAGAAUUGGACAGAUUUACAGCCAGUGGUAUAGCCAACUUGAGGUGCAGUGAACGAGCAUUUGAUUCAGACGUCACUGACAGUAGUUCAGGGGGAGAGUCUGAUAUUGAAGAGGAAGAACUGACCAGAGCUGAUCCUGAGCAGCGCCAUUUACCCCUGCAUUGUUCAAGAUACCAGGGAUGUGAUGGUGAACAAGACAAAAAUCCAUGCUCUCCUGGAGAGGGCUCUAAUGGUGGAAACAGACAGAGGCGCAGGUCAGAAUGGAGAUGGGCUGCAGACCGAGCAGCUAUUGUCAGCCGCUGGAACUGGCUUCAGGCUCAUGUUUCUGACUUGGAAUAUCGAAUUCGGCAGCAAACAGAUAUUUACAGACAGAUACGUGCUAAUAAGGGGUUGAUAGUUCUUGGAGAGGCGCCUCCCCCAGAGCACACAACAGACUUAUUUCUUCCACUUAGUUCUGAGGUGAAGACAGAUCAUGGGAAUGAUAAAUUGAUUGAGUCUGUUUCUCAGCCACUGGAAAACCAUGGUGCCUCUGGUCAUCCUUCAGAGUUAUUGUCUACUAAAUCAUGUGGAGCAUUGAGACCUGUCAAUGGAGUUAUUAAUACUCUUCAGCCUGUGUUGGCAGACCACAUUCCAGGUGACAACUCUGAUGCUGAGGAACAAUUGCAUAAAAAGCAAAGACUGAAUCUAGUUUCUUCAUCAACUGAUGGCACCUGUGUGGCAGCCCGAACACGUCCUGUGCUGAGCUGUAAGAAACGGAGGCUUGUUCGACCCAACAGCAUCGUGCCUCUUUCCAAGAAGGUUCACCGGAACAGCACAGUGCGCUCUGGCUGUGAUGUGAACCCCUCCUGUGCACUGUGCGGCUCAGGCAGUGCCAGCACCACGCCUCCAGAAAUCCACUAUGAAGCCCCUCUGUUGGAACGCCUUUCCCAGUUGGAUUCUUGUGUUCACCCGGUUCUAGCAUUUCCAGAUGAUAUGCCCAGAACAUCUGCCUGGCAUCUCCUGUUCCAUCAUUCAGCAUCUCUACUAGGAGAUGUUCCUACAAGCCUGCACUUCCAGAGCAUGCUGAAAUCUCAAUGGCAGAACAAACCUUUUGACAAAAUCAAACCUCCAAAAAAGUUUUCACUUAAGCACAGAGCACCCAUGCCAGGCAGUCUCCCUGAUCCAACUCGUAAAGACAGGCACAAGUUGGUCAACUCCUUCCUGACAACAGCCAAGCUGUCCCAUCACCAAACCCGGCCUGACAGGACCCACAGGCAGCACUUAGACGAUGUGGGGGCCGUGCCUAUGGUGGAGCGAGUGACAGCGCCCAAAGCAGAGCGCUCGCUCAACCCGCCGCCACCUGUGCAUGACCCAAACCACAGCAAAAUGAGAUUGCGAGACCAUUCAUCCGAGAGAAGUGAAGUGUUGAAGCAUCACACGGACCUGAGCAGUUCGAGCUACUUGGCGGCCACCCACCAUCCACCACACAGUCCCUUGGUGCGACAGCUCUCCGCGUCAUCAGACACCUCUGCACCUACCAGCUCUAGUCCACAGGUUACAGCCAGCACGUCUCAGCCAGUAAGGAGGAGAAGGGGAGAGAGCUCCUUCGAUAUCAACAACAUUGUCAUCCCAAUGUCAGUCGCUGCAACCACCCGUGUGGAGAAGCUGCAGUACAAGGAGAUCCUUACUCCCAGCUGGCGGGAGGUUGAUCUUCGGUCUCUGAAGGGGAAUCCUGACGAGGAGAAUGAGGAGAUCGAGGACCUGUCUGACGCAGCCUUCGCCGCCCUGCAUGCCAAAUGUGAGGAGAUGGAGAGGGCUCGGUGGCUGUGGACCACGAGUGUGCCACCUCAGCGGCGGGGCAGCAGGUCUUACAGGUCAUCAGACGGCCGGACAACGCCCCAGCUGGGCAGUGCCAACCCCUCCACCCCUCAACCCGCCUCCCCUGAUGUCAGCAGUAGCCACUCUUUGUCCGAGUUCUCCCACGGGCAGUCCCCCAGGAGCCCCAUUAGCCCAGAACUGCACUCGGCCCCCCUCACUCCUGUGGCGCGGGACACUCUCCGACACCUGGCCAGCGAAGACACCCGUUGUUCCACACCAGAGCUGGGGCUUGACGAACAGUCUGUCCAGCCAUGGGAGCGGCGAACCUUCCCCCUGGCGUAUAGUCCCCAGGCAGAGAGUGAGGACCAACUGGAUGCACAGGAACGGGCGUCCCGCUGCACUCGGCGCACCUCAGGCAGCAAGACUGGCCGGGAGACAGAGGUGGCACCCACCUCGCCUCCCAUCAUUCCCCUCAAGAGUCGGCAUCUGGCGGCAACAGUCACAGCUCAGCGUCCAACUCACAGAUGAGUGGGAUAUGAGAAUCUAAACAGACUCACUAUUGGCAUUAAAGCUUCAGAAAUCUCUGCGUUUGAUAUUCAAACAUCAUAUGCCGAAAAUUUUCACAGUUUUUAGUGAAUUUAAGGAAUUUAGAUUCUA